AGAAAACGUGAAACAAUUACCAGUCCGUUCGUUUUCCGAUCCCCGCCCUCCGCCCCCGGGCCCAACCUGUUUGUUUCUUAAUUCGCGCACCGCACCUGCUGUCAUACGUGUCCAUCACCCAUCCCUAUAUAAAUACGACCCUCAUCUCCCCCCCCCCCCACGUCAUUUCAUCCUCCCCUCAAUCCCCGCUCCCGGAAGACUCAACGGACCGCGUUAGACCGAGCGAUCGCAUGGGAGGAGCAGGAGCAAUGGCUGUGCAAGCCCAGUAUCCAUCCAACGCCCUCUCCGCGGAUUUCCGGGCCAGAGCUCGCAACAAUGUCCAGAUGCCCCAAGAUCGCAAUCCCCACCCCCACCAACUCGGGACUCUCCCCGGCAUCUACAGCUAUCUCGCAGGGCCGCAGCAGGGCUUUAAUAACUUGACCGUGUUCAGCGAUCCGACGAGCGAGCUGACGUGCAACGCCUCCGGUACCCGGAAGCGGAUGCGAGAUGAGGAGCCCAUGGCGCCGCUCCCUCCAGACCCCGACCGCAACGCCCUCGCCGUCUUCCGAAUCCCUGGUCUAAAUCUCGCCGCGCUUCCGUCGAAGCCUGACAACACUGCCGUAGCCACCGCCGGCGCUCGCUUGUCGCACGAGCAGAGCCGCUUGCUCGACUCCGCCGGGACUUCUACUAGCGGGCGUCCCGCCGCCGCCUCGCAGCUCGCUGUCUCCCCUCUUGCCCAGGAACUCACCUUCCAUCUCUACCAGCAGACCAUUGAGAUCGACGCCCUCCUCCGCCUCCAGAAUGAAAGGCUUCGAUCGGGAUUAGAGGAGGUCCGGAAGAGAUAUUGCCGGGUGUUGGUGUCGGCGGUGGAGCAGCGGGUGGCGAAGCGGCUGAGGGAGAAGGAGACGGAGCUGGAGGUCGCGACCCGCCGGAAUGCGGAGCUGGAGGAGAAAGUAAGGCAGAUGAGCGCCGAGAACCAGAUCUGGUUCAACGUCGCCAAGAACAACGAAGCCGUGGUUAAUAGUCUUCGGACGAGCCUGGAGCAGGUGCUCCUCCAGAACGUCGCGUUCACCGCCCCCGUGACCGGCAACCAGGGCCGCGAGGGUUACGGGGACAGUGAGGGGCCGGUGGCGGCGUUCCCGGCUGACGACGCGCAGUCGUGCUGCUUCGAGGAGGGGAGGAGGGAGGCAGAGGCGACGGCGGCACGGGAGAACGAGGAGCUCCGUUUGCGGAGGGGGUGCAAGGCGUGCCGGGACAAGGACGUGUGCGUUCUUCUGCUCCCCUGCCGGCACCUUUGCUUGUGCGUGGCCUGCGAACCGAAGAUCGACACGUGUCCCAUCUGCCACUCCGUGAAGAAUGCUUCCCUCGAAAUUUUCCUAUGCUGAUCCCCGCGGGCGUUAUCUCUUCUGGGUCCGUCUCGGCCGUCCGAUGGGGUGAACCAACGAUCUGGAAUCGUCUGUGAAGCUUUUUCUUUUAUUUUUUUCCGCGUCUUUUCUUCUUCUUUUUUUUUGUGAACUCUCUUUUGCCAAUGCUCUCCGAUGCAUGCUGUACCGGAGUGUUCCGCUGCUACUGUAAGGAAAACUUCUCGGUAAAGUUUUCUUUUUUUUUUUUUUAUCGACCAAAAAAGUUCUAUUUUUUA